GCGCCAAAUGGACUAUCCAGUAGUGGGCCGGGCGUGAUUGCGUGAUAUUGUGUAACCGGAUCUCACGGUCGCGAACCAUUAGUAAAAGUGACAAUUUAAUAAUUCACGGCCGCCGUUUUCACUGAUCGAAAAAUCGCGAAAAUAAUCGUCGGGAAAAACGAUUCGUGACGCCCCGUUACGUACGCUUUCUAGGUUGCUGCAGCGCUGCGCCCGCGCAGUGUCCGACCGACGCGCUGCGAGCUUGCGCGCUUCUGUGCAAACUACAUGUUUACAUACUGCACUGUAUAAAACAAGUGACACAUACGAAAACGGCAGACCAUAUAGCACAAGCGUACACAUGCACGUUUAGCGACCCUUUUAUUUUGAGCGCAGUCCAGACGAGAUGCGGCCAGUAGCGAUCUGGCUAUUAUCGAUUGUGGCGCUCGCGGUUGCCGAGAUCGCGGAAGAACCCUGGGUGGAAGAAGAAGAUCUCGAAGAGCCUUAUAAUGAGGAGAGGGAGGAAUCUCACGAGAGAUACAGAAGAGAGGCGUACGUAGAAGAACCUUAUGAAGAACAUGUGAGAGUGAAGAGACGGUGCUACGAUGAACCGGUGCACAGGGAUCGACGUUCGGUUGAUUACACAAGGGUUCCUCGGCAAGUUCACCAGUACGAAGUACACGAGUUUACGGACGACGAGUUUCCAUCGUCGCCGCCGUACGAGGAGAUGCUGGCCGCGAGCGCCGAUCACUACCACAGAGUGUACGCUCCACCUGGAUCAGCUUAUACGCGUUACCUCAAACCCGAUGUGAGUCCCGCAGAAUUGCCAGCCCAACCUGUGCUGUCCCAGCCUGUCAAUCAAUUUGUUGCUUCGUUAAAACCAAACGCUCCAUUGAAUGUUGCCCCUAACGUAAAUCAUCAACCUGUGCAGUUUAUCGCUCCACCUAACCCAAUUAACGUUGUUCCCGCUCCCGUCGUUUCGGUGCCUAUUGCCGAAACGCCUGUGCAUGGACCAGUGCCCGUUCCAUCUGUGCCUGUACCGCAGCAAGUGAAGAAGCUAUCUGGUGACCAGUACGCGGCGGCUGGUCAACAUCGCAACCAUAAACACUCCGCGGGACAUUCGCAGGGCGGUGGACACGCCAAGCACGCGGGUCACCACUCCGACCGUGGUGGUAAGAGCACUAAAGGCUACAAAUCGAAUCAUCACUUAGACAAAGGGGCUAAAGGUCACAAACUGGAUGAGAACCACCGUAAGGAAUACGAGGAGGCAGCAGGAAAGAAACACAAGCACCACGACCACGCUGACCAUAAAGGCAGUCAUGAGGAAGAGGCUCAUGGACAUAGAGGUUCCAAGUUUGAUGAGAAGAAAGGGCACAAGAAGGGGCAUAAGACUAAAGGAUACCACAACAAAUACCACAAAGACGAGUUCCACAAGGAGCACAAGUUCUACGAUGACUUCCAUAAGAGCGGAGAACACCAUCGUUAUGGCAAAUUCCACGCCAAGCACGCCAGCAACGAGAGCGGAAAGAAGAAGGCGCAUCAUGUCAAUGCGGGACACGAUUUCGUGGAGCGGGGCAAGAAAGGAUAUAGUAACAAGGGUCAUCUUGAUGAAGACCACAAAGGUUACAGAGGCAAAGAUGGGCACGAGGAACAUCACGCAUCACAUUCUGAACAUGGCAAGAAAGGUGGCAAGGAAGGCGGUUCACAAUGGGGCUAUCAGAAGAAAAAUUAAUCCUUUCUUAGACUCUGGCCAUACACGCUUCGAUAAAUGGCUAAGAUUUGUCAGAGCAUGUGUAGCUUAUAUGGAAAUGAAGAGACUAAUUUCGUAUUCAAUUGUAGUUAUAGACAUCUUUGCCAUCUAUGUAUGGACAAUGAUUAUGCUAAUCAGCAUUAUAGAUUGGCACAAAUUUCAAUUAUAUCUGAACGAACUUUUUGUUGUUCAUUAUUUUGACUCUUGUCGAGUUCAAUUGCCAUCUCUUUUUAAUUUGUUUUUUAUAAUUUAUUACAAUUUAUUAUUGCUCUUAAUAAGAGCCUUGAAAAAGAAAACAAGAGAGAGUUAUUUUUAAGAAAUAUAGCACUAGGAAUACAUGUGAAACUUUACUCAAAUAAGAAGCGUUCAAAAUGUAUUGCAACAUACAAUAUUAUUUUUAUUUGUUAAAGUUAAAAAUAUUUAAUGAAAGCGUAAAACUGAUUGCAGAUUAGUACGAUUGUAUAAUGUAUUUGCUAUUUCCAUGGCUUAUUCUAUACAAUAGAUAGUUUCGUUUCACUCAAACAUACCUUUUAAAUUUGCCUAAACGUUAUUCAUGUUGCGAAGCCUUCUCUUUUUUACGCCAAUCAUGCUUUCAAUUGAUCCACAGUGUGUAUACAAAUUUCGUAUACACGAGCAAUCAUGGUUCGUCCUACAUUUUCACAAUGAAAAUGUACUUGCCGAGUUCACUGCAACAAAUUAAUCAAAUGGUAAAAAAACGAGUCGAUUUUCUUUUUGCUUGUGCAAGAGUCUGUAUCAAAUUGGUUGGCGUAUGGCCCAUUGCUUGACGUUAAGCAAACAUAAGAUGUUUUUUUUUAUCUCUUUUUAAACGUUUUGGUUGAAAUAUAUUGUACAAAGUACUGUUGAAUUUACAUUUUAAACUAAUGAAAUGUUUAAAACAUAAAUCCAACAGAAUUUUUUUUUGUGACGAUCCUUAUGAAAAAUUCUAUAGUAAUUUAAAAUUUGCUUUAAUAUGGUUAAAUAUUAUUGAAUCUUUUUUUUUUUAAAGUAAAUACAAAAAUCUGAAACCGUCGAAAAAUUGAGAAAAUUAUACUGUUUUAAAGGAAAUUGAUUAUGGACUUCUACAAAAAUUGGUAAAGAUAAUAACAAACUAAUAACAAAAUAAUAACAAACUCUUAAAUAUAUAAAUUUUUCAUUAUCUUUUAGUACAAAUGAAAAUUCAGAAUAAUACAAUAUGGACGAAAUAAGUACUUAAUAUUAAAAAAAAAACUGUUAUGUAAUGAGAUAUCACUUAUUACUGAUUAUUGUUAUUAAUUUUUGUAGUAUAGAUAUAAUUUCUAAUAAUAGGUAUUUAAUAAUAAUACGAUUUAAUUGAUUUUUGGUUUAUAUUUUUUUCUGUAAAUAUAUGGAUAAAUAUACUGAUUGAUAAUUGAUUUGAAAAUUAGAAAAAAAAAACAAUUUUUUUAACCAUUCCAUUAUAUAUUUAUUCAGUAUUAAGAUGGGUGUAACAUUGACUUUGAUAAGGGAUGAUUCUCACCGUUUUUAAUGAGUUUUUCUAUAUGCCAGUUAGGUAUAUGUGGAUCAAAACAAUAUAUAUUAAUAUGUGAACACUUAAACACUUUCGCGUCACGAAAGACACCUAAAGAAUUAUUUAAAAGUGUCGAUUAUAUUUUUGGAGAUUCUUCCAGAAUACAAUUGAAUAAAUUUUAUAACUAUUCCAUUACGACAAUUAUUUCAACUAACAGUAUUUCUAUAAUUAUGUAUUUUGCAAGUACUACCCUUAAUCUUUGAUGUUAUUCAUUGAUAAAAGGUAGUACUUACAUUGUCUAAGUAUUUUUAUUUCUAAUAUUUUUUUUUACAAUGUUUUUGAAAAUAGAUCUAUUUACAAAACGAUAAGUGUAUAAAAGUUAUAUAUUAUGUAAAAUAAGUUAUUUUGUUAUAACUUAUUGUUAAAUAAAUGUAAAAUUGAUACUUUAUUUACCUAAUAUACAAGUGUAUAUACAUGAUUAUAGUGACUAUGUUUCUGGCAA